AUGGCAGUCUUUGCCCUCGCGACUGUGGCCGCCGUUUCCCAGCGCGACAUCCUUUCGAAUCUCACGGCCAGCUACGAUGCCUCCAUGCGGCCAGGCCAGGCGCUCGAGGGCAGCUGCGCGGCGGAAGCCGCUCCCGACAGGGUGAACGUCGAGACAGACGUGUCGGUGAUACACACCAUCAACCAGGUGUCCAAGUCGUACCGACUCGACGGCUACCUCAUCGCUAGCUGGAGCGACCCUCGCCUCGUGUUCGACGCGUCCUGCCAGCGGCUACACUUCGGAGCAAUGAAAGACCUCGGCAUUUGGGCGCCUCAGCUGAACUUCCCACAUGCGCGCUCGCUCACGGUCGGCGGUGGCAGCGGCAAGAUGGCGGCCGACGGCGAGAGCGUGUACAUCCAUCCAGACGGGAAAGUAGACUGGAUCCGCGCGAUGCACGUCGAGAUGUAUUGCGGGGGGUUCAGUUUCGGGAAGCUGCCUUACGACAUCCAGUACUGCGACUUCUCGAUCGCCUCGCUGGGCUCCUCGCCGCAGGACCUCGAGCUCUACUGGCUGGUAAACAACGAGAUGCUCCAGAUGAAGGUGGACGCCGACCCCUUCACGUCGGGCGAGUGGGCAGCACAUCCAGUGUCCCGCCAGAGCAACCAGUCCAUCCCGAUUCUCGGGAUCCCGCCUGCCCUCCGCAACCCGCUCGGCGCCACAUGCACCACAUCUGCCGUCACCAUGUGCUUCUCGCUCACCCGCAGCUCUUACACCUCCAGCACGCUCACCAUUCUGGUGGCCGUGCUCCUGGUGCUCGCCUCCUGGUCGGGGUUCUUCAUCUCGCCCGCCGCCGCACCGGCCCGGAUCGCACUCGCCUUCCUGUGCUUCCUGAUGGUGCUUAACAACCUGAACGCGGUAUAUCGCUCGUUGCCGCAGCUGCAGAGCGACGACCGCGUCUGGCUCUCGGACUUCCUGAUCGGCACCAUGGUUUUCAACUUCGUCGCCCUCCUCGAGUACGCGGCAGUCAACGCUGGCAUGCGGCUCAAGGCGAACCAGAUAAGCCUCUAUCGCGCGAACCUCGACAAGCAGGACAAGCCGGACAAGCCCGCCUCCAAGUUCGCGCUCCCCUCCUCGGUCCAGCGGCGUCUGGCCGACUGCGCCCGGCUCGACGAGGUGAUGCGCGUCUUCUUCCCCCUCGCGUACUUCCUGUACAUGGGCAUCAUGUACGCCGUCCUCCCGCUGUAUCCGCACAACGAGGGCUGCAUCGGCAUCUGAGGGGCUCGGGCGGGCCACGGGGGGCAGGACCGGGGAACGACAGUUUCCAAGUCAGGUUUGUCUUGCCACGCCCACGCCCGCCAUGCAUACGCCGCUCUCCGUUGCCCAACAUCCGGCCCGAGUUUGUGUACCACUCUUCCGUGUUCUUGGGUCGGCGCGGCUCGCGAACGCUCUAUGAACCGGCGCGCGAGGGCCGCCCCCCCAGCGCGCAGCGGGCCAUCGGCCGCAGCGCGUGCCCCCACGGACAUGCUAGGGGUAGGGCAUAUAGAAGCUAUAGAGCACGGGGCGCGCAGCGGAUACAAAGUAUCUCGCGUCUCGAUCGUGUUCUCCGGUGUAUUUUAUCUCACAACCUAGUACGGACAAAAUUUUGUAUCAUUAU